AUGGCGCAAACUCCAAAUGGGGGAUCGAACUUCAAUCAAUAUACAACCACGGCUUUGAAUCGUUGGUCUGUUGCAGAUAAACAGUUGCCUGCGGUGGAUAAAAUCAAGGCACUUCAUGUUUAUGAUUUUGAUAAUACCCUUUUCAACAGCCCUCUGCCUAAUCCGAAACUAUGGAACGGACCGACCAUAGGAUUUCUACAAACUCAAGAUACAUUUGCGACGGGUGGUUGGUGGCACGAUUCGAGAAUUCUUGCAGCUACAGGUGAAGGUGUAGAGAAAGAAGAACCACGAGCUUGGAAAGGUUGGUGGAAUGAGCGAAUCGUUGAACUCAUUCAGUUGAGUAUGCAACAAAAAGAUGUUCUUUCUAUUCUCUUAACUGGCCGUUCCGAGGCUGGAUUUUCAGAAUUAUUGAAAAAAAUGCUUGCCAGUAGGGGUCUCGAUACGGAUAUGAUUGUCUUAAAACCAGCAGCAGGUCCCAGAAAUGAGAGGUUCAGUAGUACGAUGAACUUCAAACAAUGUUUCUUGGAAAGUUUGAUGGAGACAUAUAAAGGUGCUGAGGAAAUCAGAAUCUAUGAGGAUAGAGUCAGACAUGUCAAGGCAUUCAGAGAUUUCUUCACGGAUUACAACAAACGUCAGAAUGGCUCUAGUGGUACUCCAUCUCGCUCUACUAUCGUUGCCGAAGUGGUUCAAGUUGCAGAUGGAGCCACAUUACUUGAUCCUGUUGUGGAAGCUGCCGAGGUACAGCGUUUGAUCAAUGAUCACAAUGCUGCCAUUGAAGCAAGAAAUUAUGGCGAGAGACUUCAGAUUAAGAAGACUGUUUUCUAUACUGGAUAUUUGAUCAAUAAUACUGACACUCAGAAGCUGCUUACUUUAGCUCAGCUUCCAUCGAACAUGCCAGAUACAGAAGCCAAAUUUCUAGCCAAUAAUGUUCUUAUUACUCCACGCCCAUGUCCAGAAAGUAUCCUUCAAAAGGUUGGAGGAAUGGGAAGUAAGACCACCUGGGAAGUAACAGGAACAGCAGUCUUUGAAAACAAGAUUUGGGCCGCUCGUGUCAGACCUGUACCAGAGUCCAAGAAAUUUUAUACCGAAAACCCCAUUCCUGUAGUCGUUCUCGCAUUGCGCAAAGGGGCUCGACCAAUUGAUGCAGGUAAGAUACAAAAUUGGCAACCUGUUCCACCAGAGAAGGCAUUUGUCUUUGAAAGUACUGUGGGUGAAAAGGUUCUUUUGAGGAUAGAAAAGGAAGAUCUUUCUGAAAACGAGUACGAGAGUUUGUUCCCCAAUAAAUCAUUCAAGCGCAAGCACUCCCCGGAGGCUAAACCAACAAAUGGAUCAUAUGGUGGAAAUUAUCAAGGGCCAUCAAAUAAGAGAGGAGGUCAAGAAAAUAACUAUGGUGGUGGACGUGGAGGACGAGGCAAUCAUAGGGGAAAUGGAAAUCAACGUGGAGGCUUUGGACGUAAUAAUCGCGGAGGCAAUGGUAAUGGUGGAGGGGGUGGCGGAAAGGGAAAGGGACGAGGAUACGGUUAUAGGAGUUUGGAUGAUGUCAAUGAACGGACAUCAAACAAUACGCCGCCAGUUUAUAAUCCAGCAGUUGCGUAUGAAGAUUUCCCUCCAUUGCAGAAAAAUUAUCAAACGCCGCAGCAACUUGUGCAAGCGCAGUUUCAACAGUAUCAGGCGCAGUUGCAGAAGAGUAAUGGGGGAAAGAAUGGUGGGAAUGGAGAGUUGCAAUAUUUCUAG